CAUUAGACAGCAUAAGCAACAUGAACUACUACUAGUACUACCAUCUCUCCGUCUCAGUCGGAGCUUCCUUUUUUACUAGUCUUCCACUUCACUUCCAGAGCCAUGGCUGCCGGCGCCGGUCGGGGCAAAGCCACCCCAAGAACAGCCGCCACUGCCACCAAGCGCAAAGUCAGAAAAUGCAAACCGAAAAGUCACCUAUAAACCCCACAACUCGUUUCCCUCCUCUCCUCCGCCAUCUCUGCCGCCCAUUCCUUCCUCCUCCGCCAUGAUCUCUUGCUCCUCCCUUCCCAAUGCAUCUCCCUUGAAUCCCUCAUCUCCUCGCUCUCCUCUCUCCUCCCUUAUCCUCCUCGACCCCCUCCAUUUCCUCCCUCUCCUUCCCCUUGGUUCCACCGCUUCGUCUCUCUUCCCUCUUCCAUCUCCGACCCCCUAUGGUCCCGCUAUUUCAGGAUGUCUAAACCCACCUUCUCUCAGCUCCUUUUAACCCUUUCCCCUUCCUUUCCUCCCUAUUUUUCUCCCGAUUCCUCCCUCGCGGCCGCUAUCUUCCGCCUUGCCCACGGGGCCUCUUACAAAUUCUUGGCCCGUAGCUUUGGUUUUUCGUCCUCAGCUGACGCCUGCCGUGCCUUCUACACCGUUUGCAAGCUGAUAAAUGAUAAGUUAGGCAAUUCCCUUGAUUUUCAGGCUGAUAUCAGCCGUAUUAUGGUGGGUUUUGGGUGGAUUUCGCUUCCCAAUUGUUGCGGCGUUUUGGGUUUUGGGCAUUUCGAGGUUGAUGGACAGCUUAUGGGUUCGAAUGGGUCGGUUUUAGUUCAGGCAUUGGUGGACUCUGAAGGUAGAUUUUUGGAUAUCUCAGCUGGUUGGCCUUGCAGCAUUAAACCCGAAUCGAUUCUACAUCAAACGAAGCUUUUCUCACGAGUAGAGGAAUCGCGAGAGUUGUUAAACGGGCCUUGUUAUAAGCUUAGUGAUGGAAACUCUGUUCCUCAAUACAUGUUGGGCGAUUCUUGUUUCCCUCUCUUGUCAUGGCUUAUAACCCCUUAUGUGAGGUCCAAUGAGGAAGGAGAUAGUUUCGGUUCACCGGAGAAAGAGUUCAAUGCGGUGCAUAGUCGAGCAAUGGAGCUGGUUGGGGUGGCGUUUGGGAGAGUUAGAGCUAGGUGGCAGCUUCUGUGUAGGAGGUGGAAAGAGGAAUGUGUUGACUAUUUGCCGUUUGUGAUUGUCAUGGGGUGUUUGUUGCAAAAUUUUUUAAUCAAGUGUAGCGAGCCAUUGCCAGAAGACAAUGUAGCGAACUCAAGGGAGAACGAAGAGGAGCUGAGGCCUGUCUCUGAAGAAGAGGGGGAUAAGAGCGGGCGGAGGAUCCGGGAUGCCAUUGCUCAUCAUUUGUAUCGGGUUAGUUUGAGAAAAUGAAUGCCAUAAUUGUAUGCUCGUAGGGUCGUAGCUGUAGUUUACUCUCCACUUGAUAAAUUGUUUGUGAAUGCUUUAAUGGUAUA